GGAAUAAUUUUAAGUACGAAUCAGACGUUGAAUAUGGCCAUAUUGCAUGGUGGGGCGUCUGCAAGGAAUAUAAGUUUUAUAGACUAAUGAGGAAUUCCUGCCUUUUUUUGGGAGAUCUUUUUUUUAAUUUUAUUACGAAUUGAUUCAUGCAAUUUAAGAAACAUUUUCAUUUCCUUUUUCUUGCUUUUUUUCCUUAAAUAUGCUCCUUUUCUAGGCUAUAAAAAUCAAUUUAAUUAUCUAAAAACAAGCCACCAACAGCUAAUCUGAAGAAUUGAAGCAAAAUAUGGGAUCAGAAGGAGAGGAAAUUGUUGUUGUAGAAGAGAAAGGCAUUGACAUUAGUCUGAAGGAUCUCUCGAGGAAACUUGAAGAAUUUGCUCAGGCCAGAGACUGGGGAAAGUAUCAUAGUCCCAGAAAUCUUCUUCUUGCUAUGGUAGGUGAAGUAGGAGAGCUAUCAGAAAUAUUCCAGUGGAGAGGAGAGGUGGAGAAAGGAUUACCAAACUGGAAAGAAUCAGACAAGGAGCAUCUUGGAGAAGAAUUGUCUGAUGUUCUGCUUUACCUUAUUAGACUGUCUGAUACUUGUGGCAUUGAUCUUGCUGAUGCUGCUCUCAAGAAAAUUGUCAAAAAUGCUAUCAAAUACCCUUCUGAUCAAAUCUACUAAUAAAAUUACCCAUUAAUUUUGUGUUU